AUGCCAUUCUGGAAGGUCUACUACAGUGUCGACACCCUGACACCGGAAGACAAAAGUGCCAUCUCCCAAGCAGUCACUAAGUGGUAUGUGGCCGGCGGACUACCCGACUUCUACGUCAAUGUCUUCUUCCUCCCUCUGCCUCCAUCCAAUUUCUACACUGGCGGGAAACCCGAGCACAAGAAAGUCUCCAUAGAGAUCCUUCACAUCGCCCGUCAGUGGGAUCCAACCAAUGCCGCGGCAGCUGUUAGAAUAAAGUCUAGCUUCGAUCAAAUCCUGAAACCGUUCACGCUUGACAGGGGUGUUCACUUGGAGUUUUGUGUUGCAGAAUCUCCGGCUGCGUUGUGGCGUAUCAACGGCAUUGAUCCGCCAGAAGGGCUUGGGCCGGAUCAGCAGGAGCUGGCGGAGGUAAAUAAGAAGUUACUGGAACAGUCCUUCGAAUCUCGUGUUUAG